GUGACCUCUGACCUGUCAUAUGACAACAAACAUGGCGCAGGACGGUAGCAUGUUCGCUGUCACAGCCGCCAAAAUCAGCUUAGUUUUCCUCAUUUUCCCCAACCUUUCCUACCAGGACAUCGGCAGAAUAGAUUUGAACGGUGUAUGGCUAGCUAGCAACGGUGGCGGGGACAUAAACCUGAACGGCACGGUACCGGGGUGCAUCCACACGGACCUCAUGGCUGCUGGGAGAAUCGGAGACCCGUAUUUCCGUUUCAACGAUGUCGCGUACCGGUGGGUCGCCAAGGAAAACUGGAGCUACUCUCGACAGUUCAGCGUCCCAGAGGACCUGCUCAAGCACAAGGAGAUCGUGCUGGUCUGCGAGGGUCUGGAUACCGUGGCUACAGUCACUGUCAACGGGCACAACGUCGGACAAUCCAACAAUAUGUUCAGAAGGUACACGUUUGACAUCAAGCCUGUGCUUCAGUCUGGAGUCAACACCAUCCAAGUUACUUUCCAGUCUGCGAUCAAAUAUGCAGCCGAGAAGAACAUGAGUCAUGCAGAGUACAUGGUACCACCAGACUGUCCCCCGGCGGUACAGAAGGGAGAAUGUCAUCCCAACUUCAUAAGGAAGGAACAAUGCUCCUUUAGCUGGGACUGGGGACCAGCAUUCGCGACACAGGGAAUUUGGAAGAACAUCAGCAUACAGGCUUAUGACAGUGCAGUGAUCAGAGAUGUACACGUUACUCCAAAGAAAGGCGACGGAAAGACAACCCUCUGGCUGAUCGACGUCACAGUUUACAUGGAUGUCUCAAAAGCAGCAAAACCCCCCAUAACCGGUCUAGUCAGUGCACAGCUGCAGGGUUUCCCAACCCUGUUUGUCAAGAACAAUGUCAAGUUGAAGUCUCCAAGUGACCGUCUCACUCUAACAUUGAACGUGAGCUCUCAGUUUAAGGUAGAAAGUUGGUGGCCGGCAGGGUAUGGAAAACAGAUGCUUUACAAGGUGGGAGUGACUUUUGUGAGCACAGACACUGGUGAAGUUUCAGCAAAGCUAGUGAAAACUGGACUCCGCACUGUGGAACUUGUCCAAGAGCCCAUCAAAGGAUCCCCUGGCCUGAGUUUCUACUUCAAGAUCAACAAUGUGCCAAUCUUUCUGAAAGGAUCCAACUGGAUUCCUGUAGAUGCAUUCAAGAAUCGCAUUACCACAGCAUAUACCAGGUACCUGUUACAGUCUGCUGUUGACGCCAACAUGAACACCCUACGGGUGUGGGGCGGAGGGAUAUACGAACAUGACGACGUGUACGACAUCGCCGACGAACUCGGCAUCAUGAUUUGGCAGGACUUCAUGUUCGCCUGCGCCAUGUACCCGGUAGAUGACGACUUUCUCGGCAACGUACGCGAAGAGAUACAACAACAGGUUGUACGAAUCGGUAACCAUCCCUCCGUCAUAGCUUGGAGUGGCAACAAUGAAAACGAAGCCGCCCUUGCAGCAAACUGGUACGGUACUGACAACACAACACAACUCCAUGCGCUUUAUCGUGAAGACUACGUGAAGCUGUACGUUAACGUCACCAUGGCAACUGUCUGGUCCCUUGACAAAUCUCGUCCCAACAUCACGUCCAGUCCGUCCAAUGGCAAAGAGACAGAGAAGGAAAACUGGGUCGCUAAAAAUCCAUACGAUCAUCACUACGGCGAUGUCCACUACUACAACUAUGUGUCCGACUGCUGGGAUUGGACAAAGUUUCCGAAGACCAGGUUCGCAUCUGAGUAUGGUUUUCAAUCGUGGCCCUCGUUCCAUACCCUAAAGAAAGUGUCAACUGCUGAUGAUUGGACACUGGACAGUGACUUUAACGACCACAGACAGCAUCAUCAAGACGGCGACGUCCAGAUGUUGGACCAGGCAAAGUUUCAUUUUGCCUUGCCUACCGGCGAUGACCCAGUGCAGCAGUAUGAGGACAGCAUUUACCUGUCUCAGGUUGUCCAAGCCAUGUGCAUCAAGACUCAGACGGAAUUCUACCGUAGAAGUAGGAGUGAGAUCAUUGGUGGAAAAGGCCACACCAUGGGCGCCCUGUACUGGCAACUCAAUGACAUUUGGCAAGGGCCAACGUGGUCAUCAUUGGAAUAUGGAGGUAGAUGGAAAAUGCUCCAAUACUAUGCUGCAAAGUUCUUUGCUCCAGUCAUGACUGUCAUCUUUGAAGAUGGAGAACAGCUGAAGGUGUAUGUUGUGUCAGACCUGACCACAAAACUCAGUCAAGUGAAUCUACAGGUACAAGUAUGGACAUGGUCUAGCUUCAAGCCUCUCAAAUCCUGGGCCAAGACCUUUGACAUGGAGGGCAGCUCUGCCAGCAUGAUCUUCAACCAGACCACCGCAGAAUUCUUGAAGGAUGCCAAGUGCACCAAACGCGAGGCGUGUUUCAUCACCUCCGGACUGUUAGAUUCCAAACAGAAGCCGUACGGUCCCACAAACAGUUAUUUCCUUACGCCUUUGAAGUCGGCAUUAGGGCUUGCAAAAGUUAACGUAACAGUAAGCAAGAUCACGUUGCUGCCAGAUGCACCUAAACCAGGGGCCCCAAAUGCCUUACAGGUUGAGCUGAAAACAACAGGUCCUGCGCCAUUUGUUUGGCUGGAUUCUGGAGACGUAGAGGGGAGGUUCUCAGACAACGGUUUCCUGAUGAAUGUAGACACAUUAGCUCUUCAGUUUUAUCCACUUCAAAGUGUGAAAGCACCAGAUUUUGAGAAGGAAGUGAGAGUGCUGUCCCUGAUGGAUAUUUACAGAAAAUGAAGUAUAUCAUAUGAAUUGAAUUAAUUUUUUUCCCAUAAUGAUUGUUUACGUCCAUGUUAGAUCAUUAUUUGGAACUUAUCGUAAGUUAUAGAGUUUUUCCCCACCAUUUUGGUAUUUUUCCAUACAAUAUUGCUUUGCAAAAAGACAGAAGUUGUUGCUAAAGUUUGUUACUUCAAUGUCUUCAUCUUUGUACAAGAUAGUUUGACAAGAAUUUGAACAAAAAAGCAGAGGUUGGAUCGCGGAGAUAAUAGUGGUCGGGAUUUUGACUUCCCUCUGAAGCUGGCUUCCCUCAGAGGGAAGUAAAAAUCCCAACCACUGCUAUCUCCGACCCAACCUCUGCUUGGAGAAUAGUAAGUUAGCAGUAGUUCACCUUUAUCUGCAGGGUGACCUAUAUCCGUUGUAUUUAGAAACUAAGGUAUUUAGAGAUAUCAGUUUGACAGACACUGGUGUAAAAUUGCAAUAUUUUCAAAAUAUUGCAUUUAAAGAUUUAGUGUUUUUUCAAAGUGUCCUUGAUGGCAUUUUCUAUGCUAGGUGUUUGUUGAUAUGAAAGUUAAACUGUAAGUUAAACUAUAAGAUUAUAAAAUCAAAAGUAUCUUGACUUUAUUUAAAUACAAUUCAAUCUUUACAGCUUGAUUAAAAAAACAAUUCCUUGCGGAUGUUUUGAGUGACAUCCAUCACUCUUCUUUAGCAUCACUAGAAAGAACCGGCAGAACAAAUCAAUACAAGUUCAUCCAACUAGAUAAAAACAUCUAAAAAUGUCUGCAUGUUCAUUCUAGUGAUGCUGAAGAAGAGUGAUGGAUGUCACUCAAAAUGUCCUGAAGUAAUUUUCCAUUUCAGUUGUAGAGAUUGAAUUGGAUUUGAAUAAUCAUUAACCUCCAUGAAUGUAUCUUUACUAUUGCUGCUCACUAUUGCUGCUCUUGAUUUAUUUUUUUUGAAGGGCUAGAAGAGAUGAUUGAAUUCAUUAUGAGUUAAAAGAUGAGUUUCAUACAUAUAUAAGAAUUGUAUCAUUCCUGCUUGAGACUAUAAGGAGUGGAUGUAACCAUGGGAAGAGUAAUGACGUGCCAUGAUAUGCACAUAUGUUGCCAAUACAUUUCAGCAUAAUAUGAGAAUAUGAGAAUAGAAUAUGAAAAGUAAAAAAAAAAAACUGGAUUGUGUUCCUUUGGGUAACAUAUUGUUUGUUGAACUACUAUAUCAAGUAUAUACAAAAUGUACCUUGUGUAUUAUUCUGGAAAGCGCACAAUAAAACAAGUACAACACGUAA